UUCUCCGUUGCCAGGGCAGCCGCGUCCUGCAGAUCGCCGAGCUGCGGAUCCCGGGCCCGGGACGGGGCAGGCGGAUCAUGUUCGCCUUUGUCCGCUUCCUAGAAGAUAACGUGUGUUACGCUCUGCCUGCGGCCCGGGUCCGAGACUUUCAACCAAGCUGUGCAGAGGAUUUCGAUAACCGGAAGGUGUACGCAGUGUACCGAAGUACAGAGGAGGAGGCCGGCAAGAGCGGGGCCCCGCAGCGGGCACAGAUCCUGGCACUCGCAGAAAACAAAAGUGAUCUGGAAAAUAGAGUAAUGCAGAAAAAAAUCAAAAUCCCCAAGCUGUGUCUGAACUCUUCAGAUGAUUCAUGGGAGUUUAAAGAGUAUGAAGAUGAGGAUGAUUCUGAGCACAGACACAGUAAGAGACCAGAUGGAAGAAAGCACAUGGAAGGAACCCACAAAAGCAUAGAAGCUGUUGUGGCACGGCUUGAGAAACAGAAUGGUGGGGUUCCCUCUCACACCUCCAACUGUGAUGAAGCCUUUUUGGAGUGCCAAGCCAUAGGUCACAUGGACAGACUGGAUGAGGCAUUAGUUCCCAGAGUACUGUAUGAGGAGUUACUGAGGAGUUACCAGCAGCAGCAAGAGGAGAUGAGACAUAUUCAGCAUGAGCUAGAAAGGACUCGGAGGCAGCUGGUUCAGCAGGCAAAAAAGCUAAAAGAUUAUGGGACAUUAGUCACAGAAGUAAAAGAGCUCCGAGUUCUCAACAGGAGGCUUCAGGAUGUGCUGCUGCUAAGGCUUGGAAGUGUCUCUCCCUGGAGUUACAGACCCAAUGGAGUUCAUGGCUCCUCUCAGGUGGUGAUAGGACAGGAAAAUCUGGAAACCAACAGAAGUGAAGGUCCCGCCAUCGAGUUUGAGAGUGAAAAGUUAGAAUGUCGCGAACCUCAACCUGAAACCGAAACACAGAAAAUGAAGCGUGAAGAGGCAAAUACGUCAUCUUUCUACCCCACACCUGCUCCUGUACUAGACAAAUAUAUUUUAGAAAAUGGAAAGGUCCACCUAGGCAGUGGCGUAUGGGUAAACGAGGAGAAAUGGCACCAGCUUCAAGCAACGCAAGGAGACUCCAAGUACACAAAGAACCUUGCGGUUAUGAUCUGGGGCACUGAGGUCCUGAAAAACCGUAGCGUCACCGGAGUGGCCACCAAGAAAAAGAAGGAUGCAGUCCCGAAGCCACCACUAUCACCUCACAAACUAAGUGUUGUCAGAGAAUGUAUGUACGACAGAAUAGCACAAGAGACAAUGGAUGAAAAUGAAAUUGCACAAAGGCUGUCCAAAGUCAACAAAUAUAUCUGUGAGAAGAUCAUGGAUAUUAAUAAAUCAUGCAAAAAUGAAGAGAGACGAGAGGCAAAAUACAGUGUGCAAUAAACCUUGGCAUUUGUCUGAGGUCUGAGUGUUUUGAGCUUUCUUUUUUUUUGCCAUCAUUCCGAUAAUCACAAAAUAUUUCUGGAGUGUGCGUUUUUUUUUUUUUUCUCUAUUGCAUAGCGAUAACCAAAAUAAAGGGUUACGUACAUUUUGGAUGACAGAUAUGUAUAGCUGCGUUUUCCGUGCACGAUGGAUUUACGGGCAGUCUGUGCUAGUAAAAGCAACUGGAAAACACUGUUUUAUGUGACUCAGCGGUCCAAAUAUCUGCCUCAGCUUUUAUGAAACUUUUGCUUUUUACUUUUUUUUUUUUUGUAAAUUAUUUUAUUAUAAAUACUGCCAAAUUUAACGCUUUGC